AUGUCUUCCUUUUUCACAGCCCCGAGCUCGCAGAAGAAGAGAAAGAGGCCCGUAGCUCCCGAGUUUCCUAAAAAGAGACUUGCCAAUGGAGGCGGUCCAAAGUCAUCCGGCAAGGCGCCUGCGAACCCCGCGAGCCGUCGUGAGGAAAGAGACGAGUCCAUCUCUGGCAGCGAAUCGGACGAUGACGAGAGCUUCGAGGGCGUUUCCAAUGCGUCUGGGUCCUCUGAAGCCAGCGAUUCUGAUAAUGAAGGCGAGACCGCCGCCGAGAAGAGAUUGAGGCUCGCAGAGCGCUAUCUGGAGAAUGUCAAGGAGCACGUGGACGAGGCUGGCUUCGACGCGGCAGACAUUGAUCGAGAUCUGAUCGCCGAGCGACUGCAGGAGGACGUGGCAGAGACCAAGGGAAAGGUGUAUCGCCAAUUGGGCUCUGAGCUGGCUAUAGACAAAGCUUCGCAAACUUUUUUCCGCACCAAUACCGGCCCCGUCACCUCCAUCACCUCCAGCGCGCCAUACUUCUACACUGCAACUAAAGACUUACACAUACACAAGUGGAGAACCCAGGAUCUCCCGCAAGAUCAAUACCCUCAGACCACGAAGCGAAAACCGAAGAAGCCACCCGCCCCCCCGAGAAAGAGACCGGAAUUGGAGUCCUGGAUUAGAGGCAGCACUGGCAAGAAGAAGGAGAAGAACUACCAGAGACACACAGGCCCUAUCCUGGCCAUUGCUGCUUCGCCAGAUGGCCGAUAUGUUGUCACCGGUGGCGCAGAUAGAAAGCUCAUUGUCCACGAUGCCGAGACCCUGAAGCCCGUCAAGGUCUUCAACCACCACCGUGAUACAAUUACCGGCCUGGCGUUUCGAAGAGGAACGAACCAGCUGUACUCCUGUUCCAAAGACCGCACCGUCAAGGUAUGGAGUCUGGACGAAUUAGCCUACGUCGAGACCCUGUUCGGUCACCAAGAUGAGGUAGUCGACAUUGACGCUCUCGCCCAAGAGCGGUGCGUCAGCGUAGGAGCUCGUGACCGCACCGCCCGACUAUGGAAGGUCCUCGAGGAGUCGCAACUUGUUUUUAGGGGUGGUGCCGUGGACAAGAAACCAAAGCCUGGUGUUAAUCCCCGCUCCUUACUCCAUGAAGGCAGCAUGGACCGCAUUGCCAUGAUCGAUGACGAUUUAUUCAUCACUGGCAGUGACAAUGGCACAAUUGCUUUGUGGAGUGUUCAGAAAAAGAAGCCUGUCUACUUAGAAUCACUGGCCCAUGGAGUUGACCCAGCUCCUGGACCUACAGAAGGGUCGGCUUCAGCGAUUGCAAGUGAUAAUGUUGUCGCGGCACCUCCACCUCGACCCAUCACUGCUUUACGGACGAUACCGUAUUCAGAUGUCUUCUUUAGCGGAAGUUGGGAUGGGUAUGUUCGGGUAUGGCAACUGAGCGAGGACAAGCGAAGGAUCGAAUCCCUUGGAGUUCUUUCCAGCCCAGAACCCAGCAAGCAGACCAAUGGGGUCACGCCCAGUGCUGGGGCUGCAUCUUCACGCCCUAUUGUUGGUGUGGUCAACGGGAUCACGGUGUUUGAGCGUGGCGACCGAGGAAAGGAUGGGAUUUGUGUUAUCGCCGCAGUGAGCAAGGAACAUAGGUUCGGUCGGUGGAAGAUUUUUGAUGACGCCCGUAAUGGAGGAGUUGUGUUUGAAGUCCCCAGGAUACGACCGGCUGUAUCUGCGAACGGCGUUGAUAAUAGCACUGACGAGGAGGGCUGA